AUGAGCUUGGCGGCCGAGCGCUCCCGCGCGACGGACGCCUCGCACACGUCGAAGGGCACCAAGCGGACAUUCACCGCGGCCCCGAACGUGCCGUUUCCGAACCGGCACGCGCGCGAGAACCACUCCUUCCUCCCCCACGACCUCGAGGAGAUCAACCGGGCCAACAAGGCGCUCGUGGACCGCAUCUCCGAGAUCAGCACGCGUCCGGGCGAGUUCGCGAAGAUCAAGUCCACGGCGCGCGGCCCGAAGGAGUCGUCCCAGGCCAUCAACCGACGGAAGCAGGCCGAGAAGAUAGCGCAGGAGAACCUGGCGAUGUUCAAGCGGCUGCAGGCCACGAAACCGUCCGCGGACCUGAACCGCAAGAAGCUCGCGGCGGACGCCGCGAAGAACGCGUACAUAUCGCGCAACAUGCAAAAGACGAAGCCCAAGCCUGAUUGGCAAGAAUGA